AUGAGAGGUUGGGGACGUACUCUGACCACUGGACUAGAAUCGGCAUCGUUGGACCGCAAUGAGUAUUACACAAAACGCGGGCUAACUGUCGCCAAACUCUCACCAUUCGGAAGACCCCUCCAGUCCUGCAGAUCUGCUCGAGAAUUCCUUGUGGGCAUUCGAGAUGCUAUCCUUGCGCAUCGGCGGCUUCGUGACCAGGCGAGGCUUCUUCACGGUGACGUCUCGGAAGGCAACAUAAUUAUGAGACGUCCCAACGACGAGGGAGCCACGGAGGGAAUACUGAUUGAUCUGGAUAUUUCAUCGCUGAUCGAGAGCAGUAGAAGAAUGGAUGAAGUGAUUGCCAUAACCGAAACCAUGAAGUACAUAGCGCUGGAGCUUCUGUGGAAUAUCUGUGAAAAUAAAUUCACGCUUCCGCAGAACUAUCGGCAUGAUCUGGAAUCCUUUUCCUACCUCUUAGUCGUGGGAUCCAUGUGUUAUGGUCGUGAUUCGAAGAGUGAACCGGCACGCUUGGAACAAUGGUUUACUGAGUGUGCAAGAUCCAACUACGAGUUGAAGCUAUCUGAUAUUAUUCAAAAUUUUAAUGCAAUAAUACUUGGUUAUUUCUCAUCAGCCUUUGAUAUUGUCAAGAAACUUGCCAGAAACUUGCGUAAAAUAUUUUUUGAACAGGAUAUUGACCAGUUUGGCACAGACGAAAGUUCCGAUGACCUGUAA